UCCAGAUCGCCACGAUGUAAAAUGUAUUAUUGCGUCCAGAAUGGAGCUGUUGACCAACCUCUACCUCUUCCUCUCACUCGCCAUGUGUCGAGGUCAAAGGUCGUCCUGCGAUCGCUGCGACCCUCGACUCGCCUGCGACUGCUCCCACGCAGGAUACACGCUUGUUCCCACGGUAACAGACCGCGCCCUGACCCUUGACCUUUCCUUCAACGACAUCGCCGUGGUGACCGGCGGCGACCUGACGGGACACGAGAAACUGCGGAUUCUGAUUCUACACCGUAACACACUGUCUGAGAUCCAUCCGUCAGCGUUUGACUCUCUGUGGAGUCUGGAGCAGCUGGAUCUGUCCGACAACCAGCUGACUGCCAUCAACCGCAGAUGGUUCAGUAAGCUAGGAGCUCUGCAGGAACUCAACCUGCUCCACAACCCGUACAGCUGCCUGGGAUCUCGUCCAGUGUUGCAGAGGCUGGUGAGACUGAGGAGGCUGAUGUUCGGAGGUCCUGCUCUGGAGGAACUGAGGAGAAGAGAUCUGUCUGGAGUCUCUCAGCUGGAGGAGCUCACUGUGCAGGCAAACAACCUGAGGAGGUACGAGUCCGGAGCGCUAGCUGACGUUUGGCCAUUGGGUCGAGUCACUUUAAGCCUCCAUGGUCCAUUUCUAACAAACAUAGCUUUAGCUUCGGAUGUGAUCGGGGACGUGUCCUACCCGGAGACGCCUAUUACUCUGAAAGACCUGCAUCUGAAUCAGUCCGUUCAGCCCUUCAGAGAGAUGGCCAGGCGGAGAGUCAGGAGAAUUACCUUCUGCAACCUUUCCGUGUCCGAUAAGGGCAUUGUUGACUUCCUUGAGGCGGUGGAUGGCGAGCCGAUCACCUCCCUGUUCAUGGACGGCGUCACGCUGAUCGGCGAGGGCAGGUGGGAGAAAGCCAGAUUGACCGAUCAUAAAAACAUCGAUGAGUUCUUCCUACGAAACGUUGUGGUGCUGAACGUCUUUCAGUUCAGCUCGUUGCUGCAGCUGGGGUUUUUGCUGCAGUACCCCAGAAAGGUGUCCAUCAUAAACUCUCAGUCUUUGUCCACGGUGAGCCGGCUGGUGACAAACCUCUCCAAACUGACCCACCUGGACGUCAGCAGCAACGGAUUCAUCUCCAUGCCCGGGGGCUGCUCCUGGCCUUCCACCCUGCGAUACCUCAACAUCUCCUGGGCCAAACUCACAACCAUCUCCCCCUGUCUACCCGAAACUCUGGAGGUUUUGGAUCUGAGCAACAACGAUCUAAAAGCCUUCUUUCUGAUCCUUCCUUCCCUGAGAGAGCUCCAUCUCUCUGGGAACAAGAUACUGAGCCUUCCCCCUGGAUGGAUGUUCCCAAACCUGCAAACACUGACCAUACAGUCAAACACCCUGAACAUGUUCACCCGUUCGGACCUCCAGGCAUACAGACGCCUCCAGGACCUCUGGGCGGGCCAAAACAAAUUUGUCUGCUCCUGCGACUUUGUCUACUUCCUCCAGUCGGCCAUUAAAGGAGGCGAAGAUGUGCAUUUAUCAGACGGAGAGGACGCCUACGUCUGCGAUUCCCCUCUCUACCUGCAGGGGGAGCCAGCGGGGCGGGUGAGGCUCUCUGUGGUUGUGUGCCGGCGGGUUUUGUUUGUGUCCGUGAGUUGUGUGGUGGCGUUGAUCAUUGGCGUCUUGGUGUGUGUCCUGCUGUGGCGCCUUCAUGCGUUCUGGUAUCUCAGGAUGAUGUGGGCGUGGCUAAAGGCCAAGAGAAGCUCCCGGCGGCGACAACGAAGAGAAGAGCUGCUAUCUUACGACGCCUUUGUGUCGUACAGCGAGAGAGACGCUAGCUGGGUGGAAAACUUCUUGGUACCCGAGCUGGAGGAGCCGAGGGAGAACGAUGGAGACUCUCUGAAUCCCAGACCUCUGACCCUGUGCCUCCACAAACGGGACUUCCUUCCCGGUCACUGGAUUGUGGACAACAUCAUGAGCGCCAUGGAGCGCAGCCGGCGGACCGUCUUCAUUCUGUCCGAGAACUUCGUCCAGUCCGAGUGGUGCCGCUACGAGCUCGACUUCUCCCACUUCCAGCUUUCGAUGGGGAGGACCGGCAGUAACCGGGCCAUCUUGAUCCUGCUCGAACCGUUGUCCAAGGAUGACAUACCGAAACGCUUCUGCAAACUGCGCAAACUCAUGAGCUCCACCACCUCACCUGAGUGGCCUCGGGAGGAGGAACGAAGCGGGGAGUUCUGGAAAGUCCGCAACGCUCUGAGAGACGAAGAAGAGGAGGAGGAGGGUUUGAGGAGGGAAAGUCAUUUGCUUUUUAGAGUUGCGUAAGUGUUGCCCAAUGAAAAGUUACGCCAAAGCCCUAUGAAUACCCGCAUUGGUCACAACGGUCUAAAAGUUACCCCUAUUUCUGGCUACGUAACGGAAGUGCUUUGGUGAAAUCCGCUCUAUACAAAUAAGACCAAAUAAUGUGAUUUUAUUUCUCUAUUUAAUACAUGUACCACAGUACUGGUGUCAAAAAGAAGCCACCAUAUAGUUAAUGGGGUUAGUUAAGUAGUCUGUAAUGACUCAGUAAACAAUAACGUUGCUUGGUGGCUAGCUAGCUAACAGUUGUAACAUCACAUGUGCAAUUUAAAACAACACUUAUUGGUUGAAAUUCACACACUGCCCACGUGUUCACAGUGCACAACAUGGCAGUGUACGAAGGGAAGUAUCCACAUUGAGACACAGCAUUAGGGUUCAUCCCAAGUUGGGCAUUUCUUCGCUCCUAAACUUAACCGGAAGAUGUUCUGGUGCGCCAUCUUGAAGACUAUCCCAAAGCGUGAGGAUCGAGGAAAGAUGAGCAAGGAAGCACCUGAGCGUCCUUAAGUGAAGUUUUAUGAACCGCCGAUACGCCCCCUUAUUGUGUAUUGGUCACUCAUUGGACGCUGCAGCUGAUUGGACAGAACCAAUGCAUCUCAACAUCGAUUUGGGAGGGUAUGUCCGACAAGUGGUGUACAUUUCUGAAACCGUCAAUCGGGCGAUCAAGCUUGAUUCUGCUGAGUUGCUUUAGAAAGGAUCAGUUGUUGUCCCAUUACAGAUACUGGUCAUUCUGGUAGAGCCAAGGGUUUGUUUGGCUCAAAUAUUACUUUGCAGGUGUUUUAAUAACAAUGAGAAAUAAAAAGGCUUUGAUAAUUCCAGGAAA